GGGGUUAGUGCUACAGGAUGCAAAUUUCUGUUUGCUGAACCAUCCUAGUUAGCCAGAUUAUGACUCCUGAUUCUGUUUUUUGAAGGGAUGCUAGCUGGUAGCAAUUAACGUUAGGUGAAAAUCUAAGGUCACGACGACAAAUAACUUAUGAAAACAAAGCAGUGACUAAUGAUUGUCAAACAUCUGUUUGUUUAACAUGCGACAUCAAGUCGCUGGGCGGAAGUUCGAACUGGGGGCGCAUCAGUCUAGUAUUGAGUCUGUACUGUAGUUGAUUAGUAAACUGAAACGGUUAAGUUCAAGGCGGGUUCCUGCUUUGUGUCACGUAGGUAGUAUGUUGUGUAAGGACAUGUUGUGUUAUAAGCAAUGCAUAUGGAAUAUAAAUGAUGAUGAUUAAAUUAUCGACUUUGUAAUGGACUUGUAGGAAAAACGAUAUACAUUAUUUUAGCAACAGUCAGUAUGACAGACUAGAGUACCUACUGAAAUUAGAGGAAUACAAGUUGGACUGUGUGUUAUGGUCCAUCAAGCCAGUAUUUUCUCAUGUCUGCCUCUCUUUCCUCCCAGUCAUCAUGUCCAACAAAAAUGUGUCAUCAUAUGAUGAUGAGAAUGAUUCAAAAUGUAUGAGGAAAGCGAAGGAGUCGCCAUUUGUCCCAAUAGGCAUGGCAGGAUGUGCUGCAGUGGUAGCCUUUGGUCUGUGGAGUCUCAAGUCGCGGGGGAACACAAAGAUGUCAGUCCACCUCAUCCACAUGCGUGUUGGAGCUCAAGGCUUUAUAGUAGGCGCAAUGACAUUAGGUAAAUCCUAAUCCAAUAUGUGCUGUGUAACAGAUACACAGGCCCAACAGCUAAUAUAUCUUUAUCACUUUACAGGGGCAACAUGUAUCACACAAGACUGACCGUGUUGUGCCCUUACACACUAACAUAAAAUAGAACACUAACAUGACUGUAAUGUUUGUCUAUUUUGUAAGGGUGAUCUACUCUAUGUACAAAGAAUACCUGGCCCACAAGAACCCAGGUAAAGACAGCAAGUGAGCCUACCAGCCAAUCAGCAAGUGGCUUGACCAGAGAAUGCGUCAUGCCUGCCAUUCCUGCAUUGUACCUUUCGAAAUAGAGGUCCUAGAAUGGAUCAUAUCUGUCAAAGUAACAUUCCAUUGAUAGCAAGCCAUUUAUACUG